CUAGAAAACCGGACUCAAGAUGUUUGUCGACGUCGCGUCUCUCGUGGGUAACUGGCAACUGGCAGUCAAACGAGCCGUACUGCUUUACAUCUGUUAUCGCUGUAUGAAAGCGCUGUUCAAGAGAAGGCCACGAGCACCUGGACCGAUCACGUUCCCGUGGAUUGGAUACAUUCCCUGCUUAGGACCAUCCGCACUCCGCGAAGCCGCAAAGCUGCACAAAGCAUACGGUGAUGUUGUUCAAAUAACGCUAAUGGGGAGACGGAUUGUGUUCCUCAACACCUACCAAGUAAUCUAUGAAGCGGCUGUUGUAAACAAGAAUAAGAUCGGACGCCACACGCUCACCAUCAACAACUGGCUGGCACAGGGACGAGGUAUCUCGAACUAUGAUACUCCAAGGGCAAUUGCGCUGCGACAAGCUCUUCUCCGGCAUCUGUAUAACAGUGAGCCUGUCAGCGCCUAUCUCAGUAGCAAUGGAGAGGAUCGCAAGGUCCCUCAAUCGAUUCAGGUACAAAUCGACGCUCUAAUGGAGGAAUUGAGCGGAACAGCGGGGAAACCCGUUAGUGUGACACCUAUUAUGCGUCGGACGGUUUGGAGGAUCAUGUGGGCGAUCGUCUUUGGGUACAAGUGCGACAUGAGCAUCGAUCAAAUCGACUACAUGUUCCAACGAAUAUCCGGGAACAACAUGGAAAAUUCAGUGUUGAGCUACGGCCAACUGAUGAAUAAACACUUGUUGUCGAUUACGCAGCGCAUCCCGUUGGUUGGUCAAAUGAUCCGCGUUCAACGAUUGACAAAGCGUUACACAGAAAUGUGUGCUGUGCUGAAUGACGCGGUGAAGCGAGCGAGCGUAAAUCACAUCGGACACAGCUCAUUGAUUGGCCGGUUCAAAGAGGACACCAAACUCACGAUUGAAACUGGGGAACUCGAACGCCUGGCGUUCGAAAUGAUGGCAGCCGGGACGGAGACCAGCUCGACAACUCUCACCUGGGCAUGUGCCUAUAUGAGCCAACAUCCGGAUGUGUUUAUCCAAGAGGACAUGGACCGACACUUGAAAAACAUACACCGCCUUGCAAGUGUGGUGCCGUUGGGCUUACCCUACAUCACCAGAGAACCUGUGACAAUUGCUGGGUAUCACAUACCGAAGGAUACCAUCCUUCUGUUCAAUCUUUUCGCUGUGCAUCAGGCGCAAUCACGCAUCCUCAACGAUGCCCCAGACCCAAUUCCCUUUUCCAUAGGAGCUCGGUCGUGCCCAGGAAGACGACUCGCUGGCGCUCUUUUGGAACAUAUUGUGAGCACAAUAAAUGCCAAAUUCCUAAUCACUGACUCGAGACAACAUUCAAAUGGAAGUAUCGAGUGCCCCAUAUACGACACCGAGGGACUCACUCGCGGUCCAUCUGACGGACUCUUUGCAUUUCAUCCGCGGAGACAAGCAUAAGGCUGCUGUCAUAUCGUCACUUCCACAGACUCGAGAUGUUCUAUAUUACCGCUGUUUUCGUGUGUAAAAGAUGCCAAAUAUACAGUAUUUACCUGUU